AAUCAAGUCUUAUAUGUUCAUUAUCUUCUCUCAUAAUCGUCAAAGCAUAUCUUUGUUAUUACACCUCUGAUAUACAUAUAUAUAAAUAUUCAAAUAAAUUGAAAACUUCAGUGUUAACUUGGGAGCUACAUAAACAACCAUGUUUAAUUUGUCAGAUAAAGUUGCAAUUGUGACGGGAGGAGCUAAUGGUAUUGGAGCUGAAAUUGUAAAGGAAUUCCUCAAUGAAGGUGUAAAGUAUGUAGCUAUAUUGGAUAUAAACGAUGAAGCGGGAAAAGCACUUGAAAAAGAACUGGCUGUAAAACAUGGUGAAGGAAAAGGAAAAUUUUUUAUUUGUGAUGUAACCAAUGAUGAACAACUGUUUGGUAUUUUUGAUGAAGUCAUGAAAGAAUUCGGAGCUAUAGACGUGAUUGUUAAUAAUGCUGGAAUUGCUCGUGAUACGUUAGAACUUUAUAAGAAAGAAAUUGAAAUCAACUUUACGGCUACAGUAACAUCCACUUUGAAGGCUGUUGAGCUGAUGCGAGUAGAUAAAGGAGGGAGAGGUGGUACAGUUAUAAACAUAUCAUCAGUAGCUGGCAUAACACAACUUUCACCAUCCGUAUUUGUGUAUGGGGCAACUAAGAGCGCCGUUUUACAUUUUAGCUGUUGUAUAGGAAAAGAGGCUUACUAUCGCUACACUAAUGUGCGAGUAAUAACGAUGUGUUUUGGUUUAACUGACACCGAAAUCGUGACGAAUAUGAACAGUUUUGAUGACAUCGUCAACGAAAGAAUUGAACAAUUAGUUGGUCUUCAUCACCAUCAAAAAAUUCUACAAAGCUCUAAUAUCGCUGCCAAGGGCGUGGUGCAAGCAUAUAAUACAGGCAGCAGUGGAAGCACUUGGCUUGUCGAUAACAGUAAAAUAAUAGAUAUUACAGAGAAUGUAGAUGAAAGUUAUAAAAUUAUGUCAAAGAAAACUGUGUUAUCUGAAAUAUUGUCAUAAGAUUUUAGUUUCACACCUUAAAUAACUUGUUGCAUUUGUUAUCUAUGUAGAUUACCCAAUUCAGUGCUGUUAAACGAUUAUAAGACAUCAAAUACAACAUCAUCCUGUUAUGUACAUAUACAAUGUUGUUACAUUGAUAAAUCACUAUUAAAAUGUCCUAUUAUUUUA